AACAGUGUCGCUUCUGCAUAGCAACGGAAAACCAUGGCCGACAAAAAGGGGGCAGUUGCAACGCGCACAAAACGAAUAUUUGUAAACAACGUUGAUUCGUAUUCAUCAAAGAACAUCGCAAAGAUUCUUUCGGCCUGUGUCCCUGGCGAGUCGUUGGGAGAGAAUGAAGAGGAAGAGGAGGCCAGUAGUCUCGCUAAUAGUAAAAUCUCAACGUCACAACGAACCUUUCAGAUUGUCGGGACUGUAGCGAACACAGGCGGAGAAAAGCAAAGUUUUACAGUAGAAGAAUAUUCCUCAGAUAACAGAGAUGAACUUUAUCAACGUCUGCUGGACUGUGAUGUUAUUGUGUAUAACAUUACAGAGGAUGCUAAUGAACUAGAUGAGGCAACAUGGGCCAUCACAACCCUUCAUACUUACAUUGAGCACUUAGGAGUUCCAAAGACCUUCAUUCUGGUGACACCACUAAUGGCAUGGGCCUUGACCAAAUCCUCAGAUCCGGAUGACCCUGACAUUGCGCUGACCGAGGAUGAUUUCAGGAGACGAAGGCCACAUCCAAACUACAAAGAAUUUUCCGCCGUAGAGAAAAAUGUGCUCAAGUUGGGUAGGACUAAAAAAUCUCGGCUGUCCACAUAUGUGGUGACCUCAGCACUGCAGUAUGGCAUGGGAGAGGGCAUUUUCCACCCCUUUUUCAAGAUGGCGUGGCUUGGACAAGUGGAGAAAAUUCCCAUUUAUGCUGGUACAAACGUCGUCCCCACCAUUCACGUCAGUGACUUAGCAGGGGUGAUUCAAAACAUCAUUGAUCACAAGCCGAAAGAACAUUUCUUUUUUGCCGUGGAUGACUCAAACAAUACAUUGGAGGAAAUUAUAAGAGCGAUCAGCCUCAGCCUUGGUACAGGGGAAACUGAACUGCUCUCAAAGGAAGCAGCUUUACAAGCAAAAGUGUUAACGCUGGCAGAGCUUGAUUAUUUAACUGUCAAUCUUCGGGUUGAUGGCUUUUCCGUGAAAAAUACUCUCAAUGUGCAGUGGGUGUGUGAAACUGGAUUUGUGGAAAACCUAGGUCGUGUCAUUGCUGAGUACAAGCACACAAGAAAGUUACUGCCAAUCAAAAUGUGCCUUCUUGGACCACCUGCUGUUGGAAAAAGCUCUGUGGCUGAAAAGCUAAGCAAAGUUUACCAAAUUCAUCACAUUAACGUAAAGGCCAUAUUUGAUGAAAAUAUUAAAUCUUUGUAUCCAGUGGAUGAAAAUGAUACUAACACCACAAAACCUCCUGAGUUGGAUGAACAGACUAGGCAUAGCCUCGUCAGAGAGAGGCUGAAUUCAAUGCCAUGUCGAAACCACGGGUUUGUGCUUGAUGGCUUCCCCAACACUUACUCUGAAGCUAAAGACUUUUUUUACAGUGAUGAUUUUUCUAUGGGAUUGGAGGCGCACGGGCCAGGACUGAACUCAAUUGAUGCAAACAUUAUGCCAGACUAUAUUUUCUCACUUGAUGCCACUGAUGAGUUUCUGAAGGAGCGAGUCCUCAAUCUGCCCGAGAGAGCUGCGGUGAAAAUGGGCUACACUCAGGACAAGUUCCUCGCCAGCCUGAUGGCAUUCAGAGAGGCCAACGUUGAAGACCAGACAGUACUCAACUACUUUGAUGAGCAGGAAAUCCACCCAGAAAGCAUAGAAAUCAAUGAUUCAAAUGACCGAGACAACCUGGCGGCCGUCGAGCGAAUCACCACCCUAAUCGGGGCACCCAAUAACUAUAGGCUGACGCCUGAGGAACAGAAAGCAGUGGAGCUCAAAGCCGAUCUCCUGAGGCAGGAGAAGCUACAGCAGGAGGCUACUGAGGAGCGCAUGGAGGCAGAGCAGGCAGCCAGGCUGGCUAUCGAGCUGGAGAAAUGGAAACGACACGUGGCUGAGGUGAAAAAGCAGGAGACCGAGCUUCUGGAAGCCCACUCCUUUCCCCUGCGAAACUACCUGAUGAAGUACGUCAUGCCGACUGUCUCUCAGGGGUUGCUGGAGAGUUGCAAAGCCAAGGCAGAUGAUCCGGUGGAUUUCCUGGCUGAAUACCUCCUGAGGAACAGUUUGGAAGAUGACUGAUCCAUUGUUGCGUUGACAUUUUGGAUAAUAAGAUUAUAUUAAAAAGUGUUUUAUUGACUUGGGCAAUGUUUGUGUAUAUUGAAUAAAUGUUCUUUAUUUCUUCCAA